AUGGGGCAGAGCCUGAGCGGCGGCCGGUCCUGCCUCGAUGUCCCCGGCCGGCUCCUGCCGCAGCCGCCGCCGCCCCCGCCGCCGGUGAGGAGGAGGCUCGCGCUGCUGUUCGCCAUGCUCUGCGUCUGGCUCUACUUGCUCGUCUACUCUUGCGCCGGCUCCUGCGCCGCCGCGCCCGGGCUGCUGCUGCUGGGCUCCGGGUCCCGCGCCGCCCACGCCCCGCCGGUCCCGGGUCCCGACGGGCCUCCCCAGAGGCUCCCGUUCCCGGCGGCGCCAGCCACCCAGUCGGCUGCGGGCGGAGAGAUGGCCGAAGGCGCCGCGAGCCAGGAGGAGCAGAGCCCCGAGACGCCGGACUCCCCCAGCCCCAUCUCUAGCUUCUUCAGCGGGUCCGGGAGCAAGCAGCUGCCGCAGGCCAUCAUCAUCGGCGUGAAGAAGGGCGGAACGCGGGCGCUGCUGGAGUUCCUGCGCGUGCACCCCGACGUGCGCGCCGUGGGCGCAGAGCCCCACUUUUUCGACCGCAGCUACGACAAGGGCCUCGCCUGGUACCGGGACCUGAUGCCGAGGACCCUGGACGGCCAGAUCACCAUGGAGAAGACGCCCAGCUACUUCGUGACGCGCGAGGCGCCCGCGCGCAUCUCGGCCAUGUCCAAGGACACCAAGCUCCUGGUGGUGGUGCGCGACCCGGUGACCCGGGCCGUGUCGGACUACACGCAGACGCUCUCCAAGCGGCCCGACAUCCCCAGCUUCGAGAGCCUGGCCUUCCGGAACCGCUCGGCGGGCCUGGUGGACCGCUCGUGGAGCGCCAUCCAGAUCGGCCUGUACGCGGAGCACCUGGAGCGCUGGCUGCGCCACUUCCCCGCCCGCCAGAUGCUCUUCGUGAGCGGCGAGCGCCUGGUGCGCGACCCGGCCGGCGAGCUGGGCCGCGUGCAGGACUUCCUGGGCCUCAAGCGCAUCAUCUCGGACAAGCACUUCUACUUCAACCAGACCAAGGGCUUCCCCUGCCUCAAGAAGGCGGAGGGCAGCGGCCGCCCCCACUGCCUGGGCAAGACCAAGGGCAGACCCCACCCCGAGAUCGACGCGCAGGUGCUGCGGCAGCUGCGGGAUUUCUACCGGCCCUUCAACCGCAAGUUCUACCAGAUGACGGGCCACGACUUCGGCUGGGACUGAUGGCACUCCCUUGGGCUUAGGAAAUAUUGAGAGAGAUUAUAUGUAUGUAAAAUGUACAGAAAUCUAUUUUAUAAUAAUUUAUUUUUAAUUCAUAAGCAAUUAAUUCACUAAGCUGCCUAGCCACACUCUUUUAGAGAGUCACGUAAUCUGUUAACAUUCCAAAGUGUUUUCUAAUAUUUCCUUCUUGUCCUCGAAAUGGAUGGUGCUUCCAUUUUUUUUUUCCUUUGAGUUUUCUUUCUACCCAUUGUAUUUAAAGAAAAGAAAAGCACAACUUGAGAUUUUUGUUGUUACGGGUAUGCAGCCUUCGAUCGCUGUCUGGAUGCAUUUGCCAUCUCCUUGUUCUGAAACUCCGGUCUCCCUGGCUGCCUGGCCACCUCUGGGAGCUCUGAGGUGACAGACCGCCACAUGGCAGCUUCCUCGGCCGCUUUCUGACACGUCCAAGGGCGCAGACUCCAGACCACAGUGCUAGGUCCAC